AUGAAACCGAAUAUUGUUAUUUUUAUAUUCCUCUCUAUUAUAUGUUUAAGUUUAUCUUAUAAGCCUGUUGUUUUAAUUCAUGGCAUAAUGACGGGCAGUGGAAGUAUGGAAAUGAUCAGUCGCAGAAUACAAGAGAAACAUCCAGGAACCAAAGUAUAUAAUGUGAAUAGAUUUGAAAGUUGGUCCAGCUUAGAAACAAUGUGGCAUCAAGUUUUGGAGAUUGGUUUGGAUGUAGCAAAUAUAUCUAGCCAACACCCAGAAGGAAUAAAUUUAAUAGGAUAUUCCCAAGGUGGUCUAAUAGCGAGGGGGAUUGUGCAGACAUUUUCAAAUGUAUCAGUCAGUACAUUUAUUUCUUUGAGCUCGCCCCAGGCUGGCCAAUAUGGAGCUGGAUUUCUUCACAUAAUAUUUCCUGGUUUAGUCAAAGAAACCGCCUACGAGCUGUUUUAUUCCCGUGUGGGUCAACAUACUUCUGUCGGUAAUUACUGGAAGGAUCCCUACCAUCAAACAUUAUAUGAGUCUUAUAGUGUAUACCUGCCCUAUAUUAAUAAUCAUAUUCAAUCAGCAAAAUCGGAUGAUUUUAAAAACAACAUGCUCCGUUUGAAACGCCUCGUUCUGAUUGGUGGACCCGAUGAUCAAGUCAUCACGCCUUGGCAGAGCAGCCAAUUCGGUUACUACGACGCCAAUGAAACUAUAAUUGAAAUGUACCAACAGGACAUAUAUUUAUCAGAUAAAAUAGGUUUAAAAACUUUGGACAAAACUAAGAGGCUCCAUCUAGUGACUGUACCCGGAGUUAAUCAUUUCAACUGGCAUAUGAAUGUGUCUAUAGUAGAUGACUGUUUAUUACCAUAUCUAGAUUAA